UCUAUCCCACUUACAAAACACUCGAACUAAAUCCCACCCACCCCUAUUGUCUCCCUCCUCCUAAGCUAAAUUAUUAUUAUUAUUAUUAAAAAUAAAAGCAAGCCCUAAAGCCACCGGCGUCUACGCGUCUUCAUCAGCCGGCGUAAGUAUCGGCAGGGAAAUUCGCAUUUCACAUCGCCCAUUCAGAGGUCGGAAAAGAUGAGGCCGAUAUUGAUGAAAGGGCAUGAGAGGCCGCUUACGUUUCUCAAAUACAAUCGAGACGGGGAUCUGCUCUUUUCAUGCGCCAAAGACCAUAAUCCCACUGUCUGGUUCGCAGACAACGGAGAGCGUCUCGGCACAUACCGUGGCCAUAACGGCGCUGUUUGGUCCUGCGAUAUUUCAAGGGAUUCCACGAGGCUUAUAACAGGAAGCGCGGAUCAGACUGCAAAGAUAUGGGACGUCAAAACCGGAACCCCUCUUUAUACAUUUAAUUUUGAUUCUCCAGCGAGGUCUGUUGACUUUGCAGUUGGUGAUAAGCUUGCUGUUAUAACCACAGACCCUUUCAUGGGUUUGCCUUCUGCUAUUCACAUCAAACAUAUUGCCCGAGAUGUGGAUGACCAGAGUGGUGAGUCUGUUCUAAAUAUCAAGGGGCCACAAGGAAGAAUUAACAGGGCAGUAUGGGGGCCUCUAAACAAGACUGUUAUUAGUGCGGGUGAAGACUCAGUGAUUCGAAUAUGGGAUAUGCAGACCGGUAAAUUACUCAAAGAAUCUGUAAAGGAAGAUGGUCAUAAAAAGCCGAUCACAUCACUGGCGAAAUCAUCAGAUUGUUCACAUUUUCUCACUGGUUCUUUGGACAAAUCUGCAAAGCUCUGGGACACAAGGACACUGAAACUUAUCAAGACGUAUGUGACAGAACGACCAGUAAAUGCGGUUGCAAUGUCUCCUCUUCUUGACCAUGUGGUUCUUGGAGGUGGUCAGGAUGCAUCAGCUGUUACCACAACUGAUCAUCGUGCUGGAAAAUUCGAAGCUAAAUUCUAUGACAAGAUUCUUACAGAGGAAAUAGGAGGUGUAAAAGGACACUUCGGACCAAUAAAUGCCUUGGCAUUUAAUCCUGAUGGGAAAAGUUUCUCGAGUGGAGGUGAAGAUGGAUACGUGAGGCUGCAUCAUUUUGAUGCUGAUUACUUCAACAUCAAGGUUUGAGCAUGGAACAUGUGGGUGAGAGAUGAUGGAAGUAAGAUGGAAGGCUGGAACAUGAAUGAAUGUGUCUUGUGGAGCUGAACUGUGCUCCUCUCUAUUAUAUACUAUCCUGUUUUGAUUGCGCUGAGAAAGAGUAUAAGUUUUGUGCGAUUUCUUUACUAUGGUAAAAUGAUGUGAUUUCUUUAUAAUGCAAUUUAACAGAGUGGUGUUUUAUAUAAUAUAAUACUGAUGACGAGGAGUUUGGAGGCGUCCAGCCCAUGCCUCAUAUCAGAUGAUGGCCUGAUAUUUUUUUACAUUAACUGGAAAUUCAAUUACAAAAAGAAA